CACUGAUGACCCUAAACGCAGCGACAGGUUGUCUGUCUCUCCACUUUCACAGACAGGUGAGCACGAUCCCUGCUGCUGUGUUCAUGCAGACAGAAAUCUAUAUUAUUACAUUAGUGAAGUCAGUCUGUGUUUAGUUCACUGAUGGCGAAGCGAACAGGACGACCGAGGAGCCAGCUGCCGACCUGCUACUAUGAGGGCUACCUGGAGAAGAAGUCGUUCAAAGACAAGACAUCUGGGAAACUGUGGACCUGUUUGUGCGGAAACUCGCUGUUCUUCUUCAACGACAAGAGAGACACUGAUUAUGUAGAGAAAUUGGAUCUCAGUGGAUUCAUGUCGAUAACAGACGACUGCACCCAGGAUCGAAAUUUAGAUGCAGCUCGAAUCAACCUCCAGAUGAAGGAUGGAAAUAUCAAAUUCACUGCCCCAAAUGCAGAAGCUCGAGAGCUGUGGAAGGGAUUUAUUCACUCUGUGGCCGAGCUGUCGCUACCUACUUCCCUAAACCUGCUUCCGGGCCAGCUGCACAUGCUAAGAGAGGCAGUGGAACAGGAAAAAGAAAGAAGAAAAUCUGUACCUCCACCUGUCACCGACUCCAGCCCUUACGUCAGCCUCAAAGCAAACAAGCCAGCCUGUUACCAGGAUGUGUCCCGUAUGGAGGCAGAGCUGCUGCUGGACAGAGAGGCAGCGCGAGGAAACCUGCUGCUGAGGCCCGGGGGGGGGAACGGAAACUCCUUCGCUGUCACCACCAGACAAGACUUAGACGGCGCUGUAUUCAGACACUACCGCGUGACCUGUCAACAUGAAGGAGGCUUUUCCAUCGAUGUGGACAAUCCUGUUCCCUGUGGAUCCCUUCAUGAUGUGAUCGACUACUUAGUGGGAAAAACCAAUGGAGUGUUGAUACCUCUCACCUUCGAGGGAACAUACGAGAGGCAAAUCUCUUUUAUUUGUUCUGAUAGCGAGAAUGGAGAGAAGAGCGUUCAGCAGGCUCCGUCAAACCUUGAACCACCAAGCUUGCCCCCCAAACCAGUUUCUAGAAUAGCGACUCCUGAGGCAGCACCAGCAGUGGUUGAAGAGGAGGAUUUAUAUCUGAAUGUCCAGCUCUGUGUUGAAACAGUGGAGGAGAAGGAAAGAGAGACGGUGGAUUCCACAGAAGUUCCACCGCCACCUCCAAAGAGAGCAGUAAUGCCUCCCGUGUCUGCUGCUUGCAAAUGGCUCUCUUCCACAUCGGCUCCCUCCUCCAGCAGAGAUCAGAAGAUGAGACUCCUCACAGAGGCUUCAGGACAGAUUCCCUUGGCAACGAUCUCGGAGCUGAAACUGAAGCUGGAACAGAAGGCCAUGUGUCUAGAGUGACACCUCCUGGUGGGAACCUCUCAGAGCAUCCACCACCUCCAGUACGAGUCUUCCCCUGCAAGAUGAAGCAACACGAGAGAGCAGAGAGGAUCAGUCCCCCCCCCCCCUCCUCCUCGUCAGCUGGCUGCGAAGAUGAACACCUUAUUGAUCCCCCCUCUCAGGCUCUCAUUAGCAGACGAAUGGACUGUAACUCUGUCGCCUUGUUUGUCUUGUACAUUUUGCACAUUAACCUCCUGUCGAUUCUUCCUCCAAUCACAGCGUGUCGGUGAAGCGCUGAUGUGCUUUAGUGUUGAUUAAUGCGGCGCCUUAUAUUGUUUAAAACUGUUCAGCCUCACAGGCGUGUAAAUAUGUACGUUUUUUGUUGCAUACUGUGACUAAAUUUAUUGUAUGUAUAUUUUUUUAUUGAAAAAACAACAAAUCAGAUUGAUCAAGUGAAUACCGUAAAACUUCAAAUAGAAGUCCACCCCAAUUUAAGGCCAAGCAAUCCCAGCUCUCGGUUAGAGACCUGUCUGCGUUUAGAGUCGAAACAGUUUGUAAAUCACCAAUAAGGAGAAAAAGCAGCAAGAAACAAAAGAGGAACUACAACAUCUGUCCAAGACAGACAGACUGACGCUCACAUGCAGGACAUGAAGCAGGUUUAAAGUCUGUUCUCAAAGCAAGA